AUGACUGCCGGAAUUACUCAACCACCGUAUCCGCUCCAUGAGUCUGUAAGAGACCUUUUGGACCCGGAGUAUGUUGCCUUCUACAACGAGCAUGUCAUCAACAGCCAACAGGUGCACCUUCAGCCCGUGGAAGCAUCACGGACAAGUGGUGUCUUGAUUCCUGGCGCAGGUCCUAUGCUGGAGGUGGGCAAGACUCAAGAUAUUACUGUUCAGCGGCGAGCUACCGAGGGCCCGGCAGUGCCCAUCCGCUGCUUUACUCCGAAGGGCCAGGCGCCUGCUAGUGGAUGGCCAGUGAUGCUGUAUUUCCACGGUGGUGGCUGGGUGCUGGGUAACAUUGACACAGAGAACGUGUUGACUACCGUUGAUCCUGAUUUCCUACAAUUUCUUAGCCUUGCACCCGAAAACCGCUGGCCAGCAGCAGUUCACGACUGCUGGGAAGUUCUCCUCUGGCUAAUUGCCGACGGCCCCGCCGUACUCUCAGUGGAUGCUACCAAAGUCGCAACCGGUGGCUCCUCCGCCGGCGGGAACCUUGCCGCGAUCAUGACGCACAAGGCGCUGACACUGUCACCGCCUGUUCAUUUCCGAGCCCAGCUUCUCUCUGUCCCCGUGACGGAUAACACUGCCACAGUAGAGAACAACGAGUCAUAUCGUCGGUACGAACGGACCCCCGCGCUCCCUGCACUUAAGAUGUGCUGGUACCGCGACCACUACAUCCCCAACGACGUGGAUCGCACCAGCCCAGAGUCAAGCCCACUAUUUUGGAAGGGGGAUUACUCGCAAUUGCCGCCUGCACUGAUUAUGGUUGGCGAGUUGGAUGUGCUACGCACGGAGGGCGAACAAUAUGCGGAGAAGUUGCAGAAGGCUGGCGUGGCUGUUGAUUUGCAGGUUAUGAAGGGCAUGCCGCAUCCGUUCUUAGCUAUGGAUGGCGCGUUGUCUGAGGGUAAGAGGUGCAUCACUUUAAUGUGUGAUGCUCUCCAAAAGGCCUUUGGGGCUGAGUGA